AUGGCUGCUCCUACUUCCGCCCCCGGUAUGAUGCAGGCGGUGGUUUUCCAUGAGCCGUAUAAGGUUGCCGUGGAACAAUGCCCUAUUCCUACCGUGCAGGAUCCUGAAGAUGUGGUGAUUAAGGUGGCUUACACGGCACUUUGUGGAAGUGACUUGCACACCUACCGGGGUGUUGAGCCUGCUGCUCCGGGCUUUAUUAUGGGCCAUGAGUUUGUGGGAGAGAUUGUUGAGCUCGGUAGUGCAGUGAAGAGCUUCAAGAAGGGAGAUCGCAUUGUUAGCGCUUUCACAACUUCUUGCGGUCACUGCUACUACUGCAAGCAAGGAUUUUCUUCCCGCUGCGAGAAGAGCAAGCUUUUCGGAUGCGAGACUUUGAACGGUGGCCAAGCUGAAUAUGUAAGGUCGAAAGCUAUCAAUAUCUUCCACUUGAAAACACAACGGCAGUCAGGACUAACUCUUAACUUCCAGAUCCGAGUGCCCAAUGCCGAAGGCUCGGCUAUGAAGGCUCCCGAGGGCGUUGAUGACAAGUAUCUCGUGCUGAUGGGCGAUAUCUUCCCCACGGGAUACUUUGCCGCCAACAACGCAUUCAAGAACUCAACUCCGGAGCAGAUUGCUGAGCAGACUGUUGUCGUGAUCGGUUGCGGCCCUGUCGGUCUUUGCGCGCUCAUUAACGCGCUCGAAUUCAAGCCUAAGCAUCUUCUGGCUGUUGACUCUGUUCCCUCUAGAUUGGAGCUUGCCAAGUCGCUUGGUGCUGAGCCGUGGAACUUCAUGACUGAUCGUGAAGGUCUGGACAAGCGCGUCAUGGAGCUGACGGAUGGUAGAGGAGCUGAUGCUGUGAUUGAGGUUGUGGGAUUGAGUCCUGCGCUGCGGACUGCAUAUGAUCUUCUGCGUCCUUGGGGUACUAUCAGCAGUGUUGGCGUGCACAAUGCAGAGAUUCCUUGGGGUGGCGCAGAUGCGUAUAACAAGAACUUGACUGUUCAGAUGGGCAGAUGCCCUGUUCGGUCGGUUGCUCCUCAGGCUCUGGAGGUGCUGAAGAAGAACCAGCAUAAGCUUGGGUUCAUGACUGAGAAGAUGAUGCCGCUGUCGCAGGCCGUGGAGGCAUAUGAGCUUUUCAAUGCGAUGAAGGUUCAGAAGGUGAUCUUCUUGCCCGAUCAGUAG